UUUUGUUUUGAAAUUAUAUUAAAAAACUUAUCAAAAAUGAAGUGUAUGAUCGUAGUAUUGUGCUUGGCUGCCGCCGCCAUGGCCUUCCCAGGUGAUUUGGGGGGUUACGGACACAGUGGUUUCGCCGCAGCUGGUUUGCUCCACGGUGGAGGUGGCGGUUUGGAACAUGCUGAGCCAUCAGCGUAUCCAAAAUACUCAUUCAACUAUGGAGUCAAGGACGAACACACAGGCGACCACAAGACCCAAACUGAGGAACGUGACGGCGAUGUCGUGAAAGGUUCAUACUCCUUGGUGGAACCCGAUGGUUCAGUGCGCACCGUGGAAUACACCGCCGAUGACCACAACGGAUUCAAUGCAGUCGUGCACAAAUCAGGACACGCCAGUCACCCAUCAGGUCCCGCCAAGGUCGCCAUCGCCGCUCCCGUAGCUCACUAUGCAACAGGUCCCGCACUCGCCCUGGGAGGACACGGGUACCACUAACGCAAUCGUCUGUAUUGCCGCAGAACCAUGAUAUCACCCGAUCAUUCGCACAUCAAAUAUUACAUCCAUAACAUUAAUUUUAAGCAUGAGCUCUCUCUCUCAGAUCGGCGGCGUUCAAGCACCGCUCAAUUACGACGAUGCUGCAAAUUCUGAUCUUUGCCACACAUUUUGCACGCUGCGCUCAAGUUUACCAAAAUAAUUAUCAUUUUUUUCAUACACUGUUCGAUUUUCAUCGUGCACACAUAUGGCAUAGCAGAUGCAAAUGAGUAAAAGGGUAAAAGGGUAAAACUCGGUUUUCAAUAUCAGACUGCAACAUCGUUAAAAUAGUUAUAAUAAAAUAUAGUAAUCUUUAUCAUUUUAGUAUGA